AUGUCGGACUAUUUUUCUCGAGACCUUCUGAUGCCAAUACUGGAAAGACUUCCGGCGAAAUCCCUCUUCCGUUUCAGACACCCAAACGUAGUCGUUCUUUGGGUCCCAUUUAUCCAAAUAUUCCUGACGCUUUCGGAGCCUUCAUUACCGGAUAGUAUUAGCGUCUCUGGACUUCAUUGUUACGCUCACGGGCUAGGGUAUAGUCGACCGAAAGACGAUUACAAGGUGGUGAGAUUGGUUUACCUUAUGAGUGAGGAUGAUACGUCGGUGAUACUUUCCUGUCAAGAUGAGGUUUAUAGUCUAAGAACCCGUCGUUGGAAGAGAAUAAAUGGGCCUAUGAUUUGGGCGUCUCAAACUUUGUCUCCGGCUUAUGUCAACGGAGUUAUCCACUGGACAUGCUUGGGGGCGUUGCUCUUGUUUGAUGUGAGUGACAAGGUAUUUUGCAAGAUGAAAUUACCCAAUGGGCUGACGCUGCGAGCCAUUGCGGCUUGUAAUGGCUCGCUUUUGGCUUUUGAUUACGAGUAUGAACUUCGCAUUUGUGGUCCCUGGGUAAUGAAAGAGUAUGGUGUUGUUGAGUCUUGGAUGAGACAUACUGUUAUUUUUUAUCCAGAUUGGAUGAUACGGGGUCCGGUUCCGUUGAGCUUUAGCAACAACCGUGAGUUGCUGGCGUCGACAAGAGCGGGAGAGCUGCUUUUCUGUGAUCGUAGACCACUAGAAAAGAAGAAGCUUGGAGAUUUGUAUGUAGACAAAUGCUUUGAGAGUCUCUAUAUUUGA